GGCUGCUGGGCGGGCGGUUGUUAGGGUGUUAUGAGUGGCUGCUGGUGGGCAGUUGAUGGCGUGUUAUGAGUGGCUGCUGGGUGGUUGUUGAGGUGUUAUAAGUGGCUGCUGGGCAGUUGCUUGGGUGUUAUGAGUGGCUGCUGGGCGAUUGCUGGGGUGUUAUGAGUGGCUGCUGGGCGAUUGCUGGGGUGUUAUGAGUGGCUGCUGGGCGAUUUCUGGGGUGUUAUGAGUGGCUGCUGGGCGAUUGCUGGGGUGUUAUGAGUGGCUGCUGGGCGAUUUCUGGGGUGUUAUGAGUGGUUCCUGGGUGGGUGGUUGAUGGGGUGUUAUGAGUGGCUGCUGGGUUUUCAAAUUUACACACAUUUUUAACUAAAAGAAAACCUUAAGAUAUAACGUAACGUUGUUGUAGAACAUUAUUGUGUAUAAUGUCUAAUCAAACGCUUGUUCAUAAAUGAUGACAUUUUUUUUUUAUGAGCCCAAAUAUUAAAAUACAAUGUUAUUGAAAAAUGCCCAUCCAUACCUAGAAAUCAUCCUACAUAGAGAACUAUUGCGUUAGCCUAUACAAAUUAAAACAUUGGUCCAUCACUGAACACGAGUAAAUUAAGAGCCAUUUAGUCAUUUCUAAUGUUCAUGUGACCCGAUUCCACUCUUCAGUCGUUUCAGCACUUUUAAACUGUCUAAGAAUGACUUGUGGCUUUCAGAUCUUCACGCUUCCACAUUACGAUGUUCUUAAUGUGACCGUGAUAAUGUGACCGUGAGAAGUGUGCCAUCCUGAUGUCACUGGGUUUUGUUGACAGCAUCGCCCCUCAUCCACCCCCAACCCAUGCUGGAGGUCACGGCGUGUGUUGAAUUGCAACUUGAAACAAGACACGAACGGCAGGCGCGUGAAGCAUUCGCCACUGAGCCCUUCUGGACGAUUAGUACUUUCCAUGCAUAAAGACACACAAACAUUAAAUCAGAUCACGUGUAUAAGCUCGAGAGGGAGGUGUGGUUUUGUUGUGGUUUUGCACAUGCUGUUCUGACAUUAAUCCUACUGGGAAUGAAGCUCGCUUGUUUUGGGUUUUUUGCUGAUAUUUAGCUAGUGCUCUUUGAUUGAACAUGCAUUGAUGACUUCCAGGACACUUCAUUCACACAGACUGCUGAUGUGUGAUUGGUGCUCUGCUGCUGUCCGCCAGCAUGGUAGACAUGGAGAAGCACUACAGCCCCCCGUCGCCGCUGGACCACUCCGUGCUGGACAGCCCUCUGUGUCGGGACUUCAUCGGGGGCGUGGAAGACCUUCAGGACUUCUCUCAGUCCAUGGAUGAGGACGCUCUCAGCAGCUUGGAGGUGACCGAGAACCAGUCGUCGGGUCUGGGCUCCGGAUCGGACAGCUCCACUGCGUUAGAUGCACUGACUCCGGCGUCCAGCCCGUCGUCAGGUGUGUACGGUGGCCCGGCGGGACAGGACGAGUUCACCUCCUCCUCUCUGACCCUGGAGUGCCGCGUGUGUUCGGACCGCGCGUCAGGAUAUCACUACGGAGUUCACGCGUGUGAGGGCUGCAAGGGUUUCUUCCGCCGGACCAUUCGCCUCAAACUGGAGUACGAUAAAUGUGAACGCCGCUGUAAGAUCCAAAAGAAGAACCGAAACAAGUGCCAAUACUGUCGCUUUCAGAAGUGCCUGUCAGUGGGCAUGUCCCACAAUGCCAUCCGCUUUGGGCGAAUGCCACAGUCGGAGAAGCUGAGGUUGAAGGUGGAAAUCCUAACUGGAGAACGAGAGAUCGAGGACCCACAGCUGGCCGAUCAGAAAACCCUGGCCAAGCAGAUCUACGAGGCCUACCUGAAAAACUUCAACAUGAACAAAUCCAAAGCACGGACCAUCCUGACGGGCAAGACAAGCACACCACCUUUUGUCAUCCACGACAUGGAGACGCUGCAGUUGGCCGAACAGACUCUCGUGGCCAAGAUGGUAGGCUCUUCUGGAGCUCUGCUGAAUAAAGACGCUGAGGUUCGAAUAUUUCACUGCUGUCAGUGCACUUCUGUCGAGACGGUGACCGAGCUGACUGAAUUCGCCAAGUCCGUGCCAGGCUUCUCAAACCUGGAUUUAAAUGACCAGGUGACUUUAUUAAAGUACGGCGUCCAUGAGGCGCUCUUCGCCAUGCUGGCGUCGUGCAUGAAUAAAGACGGUCUGCUGGUGGCGUACGGCAGCGGCUUCAUCACCAGAGAGUUUCUGAAGAGCUUGCGGCGGCCGUUCAGUGAAAUGAUGGAGCCCAAGUUUCAGUUUGCCAUGAAGUUCAACUCCCUCGAACUGGACGAUAGUGACCUCGCACUGUUUGUCGCUGCCAUCAUCUGCUGUGGAGAUCGUCCAGGCCUGGUGAACGUCCCGCACAUCGAGCGAAUGCAGGAGAGCAUCGUAAACGUGCUUCAUCUGCACCUCACGAGCAACCAUCCCGACAACGGUUUCCUCUUCCCUAAAGUCCUCCAGAAACUAGUGGACCUGCGUCAGCUGGUGACGGAGCACGCUCAGUUAGUGCAGGAAAUCAAGAAGACCGAAGACACUUCGCUGCAUCCCUUACUGCAGGAGAUUUACAGAGACAUGUACUGAGUCGGCUUUGGCUCAUUCGUCUGGUUGAUUUCUAGAAAAAGACUCGCUCGGAGAGAGACGUUUCUCUCAGGGGCCCUCAAAACAAGUCCCCUCCACAGCUACACUGUGAUCUUUUAUAAGGGGCGACACGUGAACCACUAUUUCUGGGAUUUCUGGAUGAAAACACCAGGAACAUCAGGGCUCUUCAUAACCGCUGAGUUAAACAAUGGUUUCUGCGGUUAUUGGUUUUAAGAGAAAAACAAGACAAUGCCAAUUAAAAUGCAUCCUGUGGGUUUAGGAUCUCUUUUUUGGUGGGGGGGUGAUAUUUUAUAAACACUAACUGGUCUCUUGGGCCUGAAACUGUGAAUAGAAACCCUAAAUUCAUACAGCAAUAUGAUUUUUUUAUAUAUUGAGACGGUAACUUUUCAUAGUGUGCGCUUUAAACUGCAGUUUUCACCCAAGUGACUUCCACACAGACCUGCCGUAACUAGUGAAACUGAUCGUUUUGUACCCCUACAGGGAUUUUUUCUUCGUGGUUAACAUUGUCAUGAACGCAUAAUCAAUGUUUUUUCUUGGGAAACAAAAAUAUGAUACAGAAUAAUACAUCUCAAACAUUU